GGUUCCUCUUCCACACAGGCGAGGCAGAGGCGCGCUGCUAGCCGGCGUGAGAGGUCUGCCUGACUGACGGGGCGGAUUUUGUGGAAGGUGAUUAACAGUGAGGCUGGCUGGCUUGUCUUUGAAAGCCCGAGCGGAGAGCCACUCCCUGCAGCUCGGAGCGAAUUCGCGAGUCAUCUCUCUUUGUGACGGUAAGGGAGAGAAAGAAAGAGAAACAGAAACACGACGAGGAGAAGAAGGACUCUGGCCAGGGCCACAUUAACUCACUAACCCCGGGGUUGCUCUUGGAGCCUCUUCGGCAAAACUUUGAUAGAGCGGACUAAAAAGCAGCACGUGUAGACUUGUGUGGCGGAGAGACAGCGGAUUGAAGCAAAAGAGGAAAGAGAAAGGAGGAAAAUGUCCAAGAUGGAGGUGAAGACGUCACUUCUGGAUAAUAUGAUUGGAGUGGGGGACAUGGUGCUGCUUGAGCCCCUCGCCGAAGAGUCAUUCUUGGAGAAUCUGAAAAAGCGUUUUGAUCACAACGAAAUCUAUACCUACAUUGGCAGUGUUGUGAUAUCCGUGAAUCCGUACCGAUCACUCCCUAUCUACAGUCCUGAGAAGGUGGAGGAGUACCGCAACAGGAACUUCUAUGAGCUCAGCCCGCACAUUUUUUCCUUGGCGGAUGAAGCAUACAGAUCCUUGAGAGACCAAGAUAAAGACCAGUGCAUCCUUAUUACAGGCGAGAGUGGCGCUGGGAAGACAGAGGCUAGCAAGCUGGUCAUGUCAUACGUCGCUGCUGUGUGUGGAAAAGGAGCAGAAGUGAAUCAAGUCAAGGAACAGCUGCUGCAGUCAAACCCGGUGCUCGAGGCUUUUGGCAAUGCGAAGACUGUGAGGAAUGACAACUCAUCUCGAUUUGGCAAAUACAUGGACAUUGAAUUUGAUUUCAAGGGCGAUCCUCUGGGUGGAGUCAUCAGUAACUAUCUGUUGGAGAAAUCACGUGUUGUUAAACAGCCGAGAGGGGAGAGGAACUUCCACGUCUUCUACCAGUUGCUGUCUGGAGCACCUGAUGAUAUGCUUAAGAAGCUCAAUCUGGAGCGGGAUUUCAGCAAGUACAACUACCUCGGCUUGGAUUCUGCCACGGUGAACGGAGUGGAUGAUGCCGCCAACUUCCGUACAGUAAGGAACGCCAUGCAGAUUGUGGGCUUCAUGGAUGAUGAGACACAGUCAGUUUUGGAGGUGGUCAGCGCUGUGCUGAAGCUGGGCAACAUCGAAUUCAAACCUGAAUCACGAGUCAACGGGCUGGAUGAGAGCCGAGUCAAGGAUAAAAAUGAGCUCAAGGAGAUCUGCGAGUUGAUUGGUAUUGAGCAGACCGUUCUGGAGAGAGCAUUCAGCUUCCGCACUGUAGAAGCCAAACAAGAGAAAGUGUCUACGACUUUGAACGUGGCGCAGGCCUAUUAUGCCCGGGAUGCCUUGGCCAAAAAUCUGUACAGUCGCCUGUUUUCUUGGCUUGUGAACCGAAUCAAUGAAAGCAUUAAGGCUCAGACAAAAACCAGGAAGAAGGUGAUGGGAGUCCUAGACAUCUACGGAUUUGAAAUUUUUGAGGUAGGACACAUUGUCUUUGAGCAGUUCAUCAUUAACUACUGCAACGAGAAACUUCAGCAGAUCUUCAUAGAGCUGACUCUGCGAGAAGAGCAGGAGGAGUACAUCAGAGAGGGGAUUGAAUGGACACACAUCGACUAUUUCAAUAAUGCCAUCAUCUGUGACCUAAUCGAAAAUAACACCAAUGGCAUCCUGGCCAUGCUGGAUGAGGAAUGUUUGCGGCCCGGCACAGUAAGUGAUGAAACCUUCCUGGAGAAGUUGAACCAGAUCUGCGCGGGACACGAGCACUUCGAGAGCCGCAUGAGCAAGAACUCCAAGUUCCUCAAUGACCACACACUGCCCCACAACUGCUUCAGAAUACAACACUAUGCGGGAAAGGUGCUCUACCGCGUGGAAGGCUUUGUGGACAAAAACAAUGACCUGUUAUACCGAGAUCUGUCUCAAGCUAUGUGGAAGGCCAGUCACAACCUUGUUAAGUCCCUCUUCCCUGAUGGAAACCCAACUAAGAUCAACCUGAAGAGGCCACCGACUGCUGGCUUCCAGUUCAAAGCCUCAGUGGCCACACUUAUGAAGAACCUGCUGACCAAAAAUCCCAACUACAUCAGAUGCAUCAAGCCAAAUGACAAGAAGGCCGCUCAUAUCUUUACGGAUUCGCUGGUCUGCCAUCAGGUGCGCUACCUGGGGCUGAUGGAGAACGUGAGGGUGAGGAGGGCAGGCUAUGCCUUCAGACAGACUUAUGAGCCUUGCCUGGAACGCUACAAGAUGCUGUGCAAACAGACUUGGCCCCAUUGGAGAGGACCUGCCAGGGAGGGCGUGGAGGUGCUUCUGAAAGAUCUGCAGAUCCCCAGAGAAGAGUAUUCCUAUGGGAGGUCAAAAAUAUUUAUCAGGAAUCCCAGAACGCUCUUCCACCUCGAGGAUCAGAGGAAGCAGCGAUUACAGGACCUGGCAGCCCUAAUCCAGAAGAUCUACCGUGGCUGGAAGUGCCGGACUCGUUUCCUGCUCAUGAAAAGGAGUCAGAUCACUGUAGCCGCCUGGUACCGCAGAUACGCACAACAAAAGAAGUACCAACGAAUCAAGAGUUCAGCUAUUGUGGUCCAAUCUUAUAUCCGAGGAUGGAAGUCACGCAAGAUUCUUCGGGAAUUAAAGUACCAGAAAAGAUGUACGGAAGCAGUGACCACCAUUGCAGCGUACUGGCAUGGGACACAAGCUCGAAUGGAACUGCGGCAUCUGAAGGAGGAAGCUAGGAAUAAGCGGGCUGUCACUGUCAUUUGGGCUUGCUGGCUCGGAACAAAGGCUCGAAGGGAACUGAGGCGCCUGAAGGAUGAAGCUAGGAGUAAGCGGGCCGUCACAGUUAUUUGGGCAUCCUGGCAGGGAACGAAGGCUCGCAGGGAGUUGAAACGCCUGAAGGAGGAGGCCAGGCGUAAACAUGCAGUUGCGGUCAUUUGGGCUUACUGGCUUGGACUCAAGGUUCGGAGGGAUUACCGCAAGUUUUUCCGUGCUAAUGCAGGCAAAAAGAUCUACGAGUUUACUAUCCAGAGGAUUAUGCAGAAGUAUUUCCUGGAGCUGAAAAACAAGAUGCCAUCUAUGUCUCCUAUUGACAAAACCUGGCCAGCCAGACCUUACCUGUUCCUGGAAGCAACACACACCGAGCUUCGGAGGAUCUUCCACCUCUGGCGGUGCAAAAAAUACAGGGAUCUGUUCACCGAGCAGAAAAAGGCCAUUUAUGAUGAAAAACUAGAAGCAAGUGAAAUGUUCAAAGAUAAAAAGGCAUUGUAUCCAAGCAGUGUUGGACAACCCUUUCAAGGAGACUACCUGGAAAUCAGCAAGAACCCCAAAUACCAAAAGCUCAGCACUUUGGUGGAGGAGAAGAUCAUCUUAGCAGACAUUGUAAACAAAAUUAACAGAGCCAAUGGAAAGGCAACUCCUCGUAUAUUUCUACUGACUAAAAACAGCUUUCUGCUUGCCGACCAGAAGUCUGGUCAAAUCAAGUCAAGUGUGCCUUUAUCGGACCUCACCAGUGCAUCAAUGAGCGCACAGACAGAUGGCUUCUUUGCUGUGCGUGUCAAAGAGGGGACUCCAGCGGCAGCUAAAGGAGACUUUUUGCUCAGCAGUGAUCGUCUUAUUGAAAUUGUCACUAAGCUGUAUCGGACAUGCUUGAGUUCCACCAAAGAGAAGAUCAACAUUGAAAUCUCAGAUGAGUUCCUUGUGCAGUUUAAGCAGGACAAAGUGUGUGUCAAGUUUGUACAAGGAAGCCCCAAGAACGGCUCAGUAGCAGCCUGCAAGCGGAAAAACAACAGAUUGCUGGAAGUGGCAGUGCCAUCCCCAUAAUGGCCGGGCAGGGUCAGCUCUUGGACUGUGUUUCUCAUUACUGUGCAAUUAAUUUCUGGUUGUGUUUUGUUUUUUUCUGGAGGGGGAGUGGGGAGGGUUAGGGUAUAUAUUUUAAAUUUCUUAUAUUCAUAUGAUUGCCAGUCUUAAAAAUAAGAGAGGAUCUGGUAGGAAGGCCACAAGAAAGAGACAACUUGUAAAGAAUAAAAAGGGGGGCACCAGUGGAUUGGUGUGCAGCUUGACCUGCAGGAUGAUUUUGGUUCUCUGCUGCUUCCUUGUGUAAAAAGCAUUGUAUAGCAUGUGGACGAGGAGCCGUUGGUCUGGGACCUUUUAUUUCCUUUUUUUUUUUUUUCUUUCUUUCUUUUUUUGAACAUGUCAUGCAGACUGUUGUUCUCACGACAAAUCGACAAAUAUAACUUUAGAAUCUCCGGAAAAACUGACAGAAGUGCCAAAACGAGUGCCCAUUUGUAUAGACAGACUUGGAUAAAGUAAUUGGAAGAAAAAAAUAAAUAAACAAAGUUAAAAAUGUGGACAGUUAAAUGAAGAAUUUGAUAGUUUAAAUGCUCGUGAUUGUUUUAAAUCCUUUUGACUUGUUGUUUCCAGUGUGUGAUUACAAAUCAACUUCCCUAAACUGACUAGGCCAUCGGUGGGUCGGGGGGGUGGUAUUACCCGGUUCCACUGGAUCUGUCAGUUGUUACAGACGCACACACAGCGUAACUUGGGACGCUCUUUUCCUUUUCUUUGUUUAAAGAGGAUGACACUCAAAUGUCAGUAAUUUGGCCUUUUUACUGACUGAGUUGCUGAAUCUUAUCGUUUUGUGCUCCUUAGUGAACUCGCUCAUGUUGGGUGGGUUUACAGUGAAUAUGGGGGCGAUGAGUCUUUCUGUUGAUUUGAAUUCCUGGAAAUGAUUGACACACACAAAUCUCUCAAUUUAAAAUGGAAAUCAAUGUUGCAGGAUGGGGUAUCGAGGCAAAAAACAAACCAAUAGGGCAAGGCGUUCAAUUAUGGGCAUCUUUUUGAGUUGAGCGAAAUUUUGUGAGGCCUCCCCCAUUCAGGUCCUUUUACGGAGUCAUGUUUUUAAUCCAAAUCAAGCAGUACUUUUCAGGAACUCCUAAAUUUAAAAAUGUAUUCUAGCACCUUGUAGCCAUUCUCCUAUAAAAUAGCGCUUCAUAUGUGUACAGCCAAGUUGUUCCUAAAAAUAUGUAAUGAAGUGGAUGGCAUUUAUCAGAAAAUAAUGUGGAAUAGAAAUGUGGCUCCCAGGGUCUUGUAAACUUGCGUGCGUUUUGCAGGAGUGAAUUUUCACACCGCAUUCUGUUUAUGCUAUAUGCCUUAUCAAACUGGUAGAUGUCUUAUACAUUGCAUUUCUGUCCAAAUAAAACCACUUUUAUUGA